AUGCCAUCAAAUGCAACAUACCACACAAGUCCCCCAAAGCCGUACCAGUACAUGUCUCCUCCUCCACCAGUCCACACUCCAUCUCCAAUCCCUAAGCCACCAGUGAAGGCACCACCAAAGCCUCCUGUUGUUGUGAAGCCACCACCAAAGACUCCUGUUGUGAAGCCAAAGCCUCCACCUAAGCCAGUUUCUCCACCCCCUUAUACUUUCAAGUCCCCACCACCACCCGUUCCAAAGGUUUCUCCUCCCAAGCCAGCUCCAACAUAUUCUCCUCCUAAGAAGUCUACACCAGUUUACACACCCCCCAAGCCAUCACAUCCUCCUCCUUCACCAGUUUAUACUCCACCCAAAAAAUCUCCUCCUAAGCCAUCACAUCCUCCUCCUUCACCAGUUUACACACCCCCCAAGCCAUCACACCCUCCUCCUUCACCAGUUUAUACUCCACCCAAAAAAUCUCCUCCACCAGUUUAUACUCCUCCAAAAAAAUCUCCUCCUGCCCCCCAUGUGAAGCCACCAGUAUCCCCACCAAAGUACAAAUCACCUCCUGUUGUCACCCCUUCACCACCUAAGCGUGUGCCUAUUUACCCACCUCCCCAUCACUACUCCUACAAGUCUCCUCCUCCCCCCUAUUAA